AUGGAAAAUUGUUUUGCCGGAGCACCACAAGAGUUUCUCGUCUGCAUCACAGUGCACAAGGCGUCCAAUGUGGGCGUGCCUUCGGGUGAUUUGUAUGUGAAAGUCAGUAUGGAUAAGAUGACCAAGAGUACAAAAACCUUUACGAAUAGCGAAAAUCCCUUCUUCAAUGAGUACUUUGUCUUUGAGUUCCAUUGCACUCUGACAGAGUUAUUACGUCUAACCAUACUCUUCGAAUUAAAGAAAUCAAUGACAUACAAAAAGAAUCUGAUUGUGGGUGAACUCUUGGUCGAUUUGCAUAGUGUUUGGAACCAACCGUAUCAUAGUUAUUUUAAAAAAUGGGGUCGCCUGGAGACACCAAUUGGGGCGAAGGGUGAAGGUGUUAGUGUAUUGGAAUCGCAUGGACAUUUACAAAUCGAUUUGGCCAUCGUAUCACAGCAUAAUGUCUUUCUAAGUGCCAUCAAACCGGAUGAUGCAGAAGAGUUGAAAAAGCCUCUAGUCGAACCGGACUAUGAGGAUAUCGAGAGCAAUUUGUUGCAGCAUUCGAGCAGCUUAAUGCCAAGUAAUAUACGUUACUUUAUUGGCCUGUAUCGGGGAUACUUUAGGAAGAAGGGUAACUACAUGAUACAAGUAUCGUUCGCUGGCUUCAAUGGCAAAACUCAAGUGGCUAAGCAAACAACGACACCGAUAUGGAAUCAUGAGCUGACCUUUGCCUGGAUGUAUCCCUCAUUGUCGCAACGUUUUCUUAUUCUAAUCUUUGCCCACGAGCAUAUGCAAUGGAAAUGUGUUGCCGAUUAUGAAAUAUCCUUCGAGGAGAUUGCCUUGAAUGCUAAACCUUCUUUGGGUCCCACCUAUUUGCAUUUCUAUGAUCCCGUAAACCCUUUAAACUAUAUUGGACGUCUGCUAAUGGAUUUACGUUCCGAAUUUAUGGCUGAGGAGCAACCUUCGCAUGUUCUGAUUACCCAGAGUAUAGCCGGUCUCGAUGAGUCACGAUAUUGGCGGGAUGACAUAUUUUUGAUAGAGUUUUUACCCCUCAUGGGCGAUCACAUUCACACCAAUGCCAAUAAUUAUAAAUUAUCUGUUAGUCUUGCUGAGCACACUUCAAAUAUUGUGGAGGGUCAAUUAAAGACGCCAAUGGGUAAAUUUCACACCACGAUUCAUACGAAAUACUUUCGUCAGGAGGCUCCCUAUCCGUCUUGCUUAUUUCGCGUGCGAUUGCCGAAUCAUCGUUCUAAAUACGAUAGCGAUUAUUUUAUGACUGAUCUGGUUAAUUAUAUGAGUGCCGAGGUGGAAACAUUCAAAGUGUUUCAACUAAAGUUCACACAUCAGUACGAAAGUCAGGCCAAGUGUCUCAAGUCGAUUAUAACGGAUGUAUUGAAUAAAAUCAAAGAGGGCAUCAGUUCUCAUCGUUUUGAAAUCGAUGCGGAUACCCAACGUACCACCUGGGACAUCAAUCGACAGCUUUAUCUCUUGAACUAUUUCACCAAGUUGUCGCAGGAGCUACGCGAACUCAGACACACUCUUCGUUGUUGCUUCCGAGAAGUUAGUUUGGAUGAAUCGGUGUCGGAUGUUGUGCUGGAAUUGCAACGUUUAAUUGGCGAGGUCAAUUCACUAAUCAAUACGCUGCGUGUCCAAGAUGAAUGGCCCGAACUCAUUCUGACCCUAAGUGCUGCCGGCAAGGAAGUUGGUGUCUGUCGCCUCAAUGCCAAGCAUUUUCUGAAGCCCCAUCCCAAGAAGCAGAGUCCUUUGGCCAGCAGUCAAUGCUGGAAGGUCAAGAGUUUCGUGUUCAGGAGUGUUGCCUGUAAUCACAGUUGUGCGAAUUGUGGCUGCAAUGCAGCCAUUAUACUUGGCUGUAUAUCGAUUGUUAUCGAGCGGGAGCGCAAAGAAUUCUUGUCCAGCAUAGCAUCCGAAUGGACAUUGACAAAAGAGGAGCCCGUGGCCUGGCAACCAAAGGUGCGGCAAACCCGUUUCCGUUGCCAAGUCUAUGUGCAUCAGGCCAAAGUUCGGCCAACUGCCGACAAAAACAAUUUCUGUGAUGGAUACUUGAGAACACUCUUUGGAGAGCAGGUUGCCGAAACGUAUACAUCGCCUGGCACACAUUCGCCCAUUUGGAAUGCAGUGACCACCCUCAAGGGAUUGACUUUGCCGGGCAGCAUCGGUUGGUAUUUGCAAAAUCCGCCCGUGUUCUCGAUGGAGUAUCGAAAUACAGAGCGAACAUCGAACGACGAUCAUGUGGCGAAGGGUUAUAUUACGGCGAGUGUGAUAAGUGCCGAGGAUCAUGUCAGGAAUACGGAACGGGAGGAAGCUGCAGCUGGCCUCUGCUGGACACGAAGUCCCGUACAAAAGUUUCAGCGAUUGAAACACAUCACACCGCCGCCUUUGAAAUGGCUGCCAGUGGCCCUAAAAGGUAUCGUAUGGGCCGAGGUUCUAAUGUCUGUCGAAUUGAUUGAGCUUGUUCAUCAAAAGCCAGAGGAAAAGGAUGUUAUUUUAGCCACUGGCAUACCAGCAGCUAUACGACCCAAUAUGCUAUACUUUGCGUUGGAGGUAAUUUUCGUGGGAUUUCGUAGCUAUGGCAAAACGAGUUUGGGUUCGGCUGGCAAGCGACGUGCCAAAGUCAUGAUGGGUGAUCUCGUCCUAAUGAGUGGUCUAUCUGGGGCUACCACAAAAAACAGCAUCAAUUUCAUUGCGUCCUAUGCUUGCGGUGUUGUGAGUUUACCCGAUCAGCAGGAAUAUUGGCCAGCCAUGAUAGCAGCUGAUGUUAUACUCUCUGGCUUUGGUCAUGAAUCCACUGUGGGUGUUGCUUUAAUACCAAAUUUAACCAGUUUUCUACUUAAGAACAAGAUCACAAUGUGUGUACGGAAAAAGGAGAUAAACGACGAAGACGACAACAACGACAACAACGACGACGAUGAUAAUAAGGAUGAAGAUGUAGAUCGAGAUUCAAUUGAUACGACCACCACUUUGAGUUUGGAUUCAGACAGCAACGAAGACGACGAUGAUGAUUCGACUGAUGUAGACGAUGGGGAGGAGAAUGAAGAAGAUGCAUCACCUACCAAGGUAAAAAACUGCUGGAUGCGCCUUCUGUUAGCUCUUGGCUUGCGUCCAGCUGCCUAUGCCAAUCGACGUGCUCUCCGAUUCGAGGAUGAUUUACCUCAGGAUCCCCAGCAAAUAGAUGAUAGUCAGUUCACGUGGUGGACCAAAUUCUAUAACUCCAUGUAUAUCGAAUCAUUAGACAGAUCCGAUCAAUAUAAGCAUCGUCUGAUUAUCUAUCCCAAUGAGCUGGAAAGGCAGCCUCAAUUCAGUUAUCUUGUGGAUUGGGCAGUUCCUGUUCAUUUGACCCAUGGAUUGAAGAUGAAGAAGCUAUCGGGCCCACACAAAGAAAAUAUCUAUGCCACAUUGAAGCUGCACAUCAAACUUACUCCAUGUAAAAUUCAAACCACCAAUAAUAGGAUUGGCGGUGGCGGGGGCGGUGACGGAGGCGGUGACGGAGGCGGUGACGGAGGCGGAGACGGAGACGGUGCUAAUAAAUUACGACCACUGCCCACCACAUUAGGUCCACGCUAUCAAAAAAUGAUCAAAUCGCUAGCCGAGGCUGUGAAGGUUAUGGUUAGAAUUUAUGUGGUUCAGGGCUUACAGCUGAGGCCACGUGACAGAAAUCAAAACUCUGAUUGCUUUGUCAAACUCACGUUGGGUGCCAAAACCGUGUCGGAUAGUGCCAACUAUAUAGCCAAUCAAAGUAAUCCCAUAUUUGGUAGAUUUUUCGAACUGGAGGCCACUCUACCCGGGGAUCAUAUGCUACAGAUAGUUGUCUAUGAUCACGACAAAUUGAGAGACGAUAUCAUUGGUCAUACUCGCAUCGAUUUGGAGGAUCGUUGGCGUUCCAAACAUCGGGCAACUGUCGGCAUUGCCCAUGAGUUUAGCAGGCAGGGUUAUAAUCUCUGGCAUGAUAUACGAUUGCCAUCGGAAAUAUUAUUGGAAUUAUGUCAGCAAAGGGGCAUACAGGCACCCUACUUUUAUGGCAAGGUGAUUGAAGUUGAUGGCAUGCUCUUUGGCGACGAGACAAUAAUAUGCAAGAGUGAGGAACUGCAGGAACGUCUCAGUUUGACUGUGCUGAAAAAUCUCGAUAAACUACCAUCAUUUGGCUAUAAUCUAGUGCCCGAGCAUGUUGAGACUCGUUCGCUCUACCGCGAUGAGCAUCCCAACUUGGAGCAGGGUAAACUUCAGCUAUGGAUUGAACUGUAUGAGUCCAACAUGUACAUGCCACAGCCUGUUGAUAUUGCCCCCAUACCUCCCACUGGCUACGAGGUGAGGGUUGUGGUCAAAAAUCUAAGCGGAAUACAGUUGGGCGAUAGAAAUGUUUUUGGCAAAUUAAUGAGCGACAUUUAUGUAAUUGGCUGGUGCCAGGAUGCGAAAAGGCAGCAAUCAACCGAUAUCCAUUACCGCUCAUUUGCCGGCGAUGCGGCUUUUAAUUGGCGCAUGAUAUUCCCCAUGAAAUACUCUGCAAACGAGGAUAUGAUGGUAAUACGUCGUAACAGCGGACUGGAAGAGUUUGAAAUCAAAAGGCCACCCAUUAUCUAUUUGCAAGUUUGGGAUAAAGAUCUAAUGAGCAAAGAUGAUUAUUUAGGGGCCUUGGAAUUGAAUUUAUCCAACAUGCCGAUGCCAUAUGCCACAGAGAGGCAAUGCAGACCAUAUCCAAUUAAGCGCAAACGUUUGAAUCUCUUCACACAGAAAGCCAUCAAGGGCUGGUUUCCGUUGAAAAGUCGUACACAACCGCAGCCCGGUUUGCCGCUUAGCCCCAUGAAAGGCAAAUGCCAAUUGGACAUCGAGAUCUGCUCUGAGGUGGAGGCGGCGAAUUCACCCGCUGGUCUGGGACAUGAUCCGCCCUUGGCUUUGGAAAAGCCUUAUCGGCCUGAUACAACAUUCAAUCCGUUGACGCAUCCUUUCAAAUCCUUCAAGCACAUCCUCUGGCCCGUCAUACGCAAAUACGUUCUAUGGACAGCUCUAAUUGUGAUCAUUGUUAUGGGUUUGAUUUUCUUCGUGUCCAAUAUACCAGGCAAACUAAUGUCGUCCAUGCCAUUGAAGUGAACCCUCCCACCGCGCCCUCCUUUCAUUGGCUUCCUCCAUUGAGUUGUGUGUGUGUUUAUUCCGUUUUGUUUGUUUUAAGUGUUGUGAAAUAAAUUAUCAUGCUUAUUGCCAGUCGUCACUAA